UGCGGGGGUGGGUACAUUCAUCACAUUAGUGAUAACUCUAGUUUUUCUUACAAAAUGGGAACGAGUAGCUUUAAAGGCAAUUAUUUGUUUAAGUAUUGAUCCAAAACUCGUUUGAAGCAAUUAUAAUAAGUUUGGUUGGAUAGUGACUAUCAUAUUACACGCUAUUCACGGUGUGCAGCUAUGUAUAAGUAUUGAAUAGGAUAACGUCAUAUCCGCCUCACAGUAGUUAUGAAAAGGUUAUAUACAUUCGUGUUGGAGAUAUGGUUAAAAUUCCAAGUGAUAAUAACUCGCACAGGAUUUCAAACGAAGUAUUGUGGACAUAAGAUCAAUAUGUCGUGACAGUGAUUGGCAAAUACUUUGCUUUAAACCAAAGAAAGGACUUCUUAGUAAUGAAAUCAGGCACAGCAUUUUGACGUAUUCCCGAGACAUGGCUGCUUUAGUGCAAACAACCGAUACCGAGAGUUUUCAAAACUGGUUGCGAGGUGCCCUGGCAGUGUUCUUUGCCAAGCAAGGUCUACAAAGCUUUGUUGUUGAUGAACUGACACAGUUUCAACGGGACCUUUUGACAUCAAUAUUUAAAAACAAGAAUUUACCUAUUGGUACAACCUGUACAAAUUGUACAACUGAAAAUGUUCUUUACUGUCCCACACAAAAUUUCUGCACAAAGGGACAGAAGUGCAACAUGCACGAUCCAUCAAUACCAGACAAGACACCAAAGCCUUGUCCAAAUAAUAUUUGUCAUGAUGUCAAGGAUGCGAUCCGCCGUGAACAUAGAUACAACGGACCGUCCUGGAAGAACACAAACGCCAAAGGAUGGUGUACCAAUGUCAUUGAAAUUGCCAAAUGUUACAUGCCUCCAGAUGGUUACACUAAUGUAACCACAAUUACAGAUACAGACUUUAAUGGUAUAUUGACAGUCAUCCUGAACAACAAACGCUUCGAAAGUAAAAUGACUGCUCCGCUUAACAGCCGGGUUAAUGUUUGUACAGAGGCACGAGAAGUUAGUCGUGACACACGACAUUCAGCUAAUUUAACUAUUUCGGACACAAAUCUAGCCAGAUACAUUGACAUACUGAUACGCCUACUGUCUGACCCAACAUGCCUUGCUGCUGACCAAAAUGCGAAGACAGCAGUAGAUAAAUUGAACCAGUUGAAAUCAAACACACUUACCAUUACCACAGCAGAUAUAAUAACAGUUUUGGACAGUAAAUUAAAAGAUAUAAUACAGGAACAACGAGAUAGUGUGCGAGAUAUUAGUGAAGAGAAGAGAAAGGCAAAGGAAGAUAUUGAAGACAAGAAGACAAAGGCAAAGGAAGACAUUGAAGACAAGAGGACACAGGCAAAUGAAGGCAUUGAAGACAAGAAGAAACAGUUCCUGGGCGAUGUUAAAGCUUCGCUGAGCCAUAUGCGUACAGUAACAACCUCAAGUUUAGAUAAAAUCAUAGAAUCAAAACAGUCCGCUCUAACUGAAAUACAAGCUAAAGCCGAGAACGAGAGAAUAGUAUUAACAGCACUAAGCAGAACAGAAAAACAACAGAUUAAAGACGCUGCUGAAAAAGAAAAAGAUGAAUUCAACAGGGUUGUACACAAUGCGAAACAGGAACUUACUGCCAUAAGCUCCCAAGAAGAAAAACAUCUUAAAGAAGAAAUUAGAAAAGAAACAGAAUUCUUUCAGACACUCUACUACUACAACGCCAACAUGCCAAAGAGCAAAAACCUACUGAGGAAUCCAUGUGCGAAAGAGGGUUUAGAUCACUGGACGGUUGUGCAUAACGGUGGAGAUGGUUUCGACUGUGAGGAGGAACCGAUCGGAUGCGUCAAGAUUUAUGACUGCCCCAGGGUAAAAGGUUAGUACAUUCGUAAUAUU